AUGGAGGGUUUCUCCCUCCUGGAGCAGGAGGCGGCGCGGGCGCCGACGCAAUGCGAGCACCAGAGUGCCUUGGACUUCGCCUGCAGGAGCUGGCCCCCAAUGGCCAACGCGGCGCCCGUGAAGGAGCCGGACGAAUCGGCGGUGGGCGAGGCGCGGGUGUGCUACCGCAACGCUCUGUGUCAAGCUGGGGCGCAUAUUUCGUUGGCCGAGGAGCUCAUGGCUGGCGUCCUUCACUUCAACCCGGGCUUCGCGCGCCACGGCGCCCGGCAGGAGGCCCAUCCAGAGCGCUUGUGGAAUUUCACUUAUCCCGGCUAUUGCAACAUGUUCCGCCUGUGCCUGCAGGGCCUGAGGGUGCGGUCCAAGGCCGCUACCUGCUACCUGGCAGACUGCUUCAGCGGCAAGGGCGGGGCCGGGCGCGCCGCGAUGGCCAUCGGGGCGCCCGUCAGGCACUGGGGCGCGCCGCGCGGGGCGCAGGUCGACCUCGCGAGGCGAUCGGUCCUAGGAGGCCUGUGUUCGGACAUCGCGAAGGGCAUGGUCUCGGCUGGCUGCGCG